AGAAGCAGGAGGAGGAGGAGGAGGAGAAGACUGCGGCAACUUUUUUUUGUCUUGGUUUCUCCCCAACUUUGGGGGAAGGAGUUGGUUGGUUUUGUUUUGUUUUUUUUGUUUUUUUCCAUGGCCGGAGUGGAGUGUCACCUUAUGGACUGAGUGGGAAGCACCCACAAAGUCCCCCCAGCUUGUCCACCAUGUCCAUGCUGCCGACGUUCGGCUUCACGCAGGAGCAAGUGGCGUGCGUGUGCGAGGUUCUGCAGCAGGGCGGCAACAUCGAGCGCCUGGGCCGCUUCCUGUGGUCGCUGCCGGCGUGCGAGCACCUCCACAAGAACGAGAGCGUGCUAAAAGCCAAGGCGGUGGUGGCCUUCCACCGCGGCAACUUCCGCGAACUCUACAAGAUCCUGGAGAGCCACCAGUUCUCGGCGCACAACCACCCCAAGCUGCAGCAGCUGUGGCUGAAGGCGCACUACGUCGAGGCGGAGAAGCUGCGCGGACGGCCGCUGGGCGCCGUGGGCAAGUACCGAGUGCGUCGGAAGUUCCCCCUGCCGCGCUCCAUCUGGGACGGCGAGGAGACCAGCUACUGCUUCAAGGAGAAGAGUCGCAGCGUGCUGCGCGAGUGGUACACGCACAACCCCUACCCGUCCCCGCGCGAGAAGCGAGAGCUGGCCGAGGCCACGGGACUCACCACCACGCAAGUCAGCAACUGGUUCAAGAACCGGCGGCAGCGGGACCGCGCGGCAGAGGCCAAGGAGAGGGAGAACAAUGAGAACGCCAACAACAACAACAGCAACAACAACAAUAACAACACCAAUCCACUGACUUCCUCCAUGAACGGAAGUAAAACUCUUUUGGGGAGCUCGGACGACGACAAAACGCCCGCGGGCACGCCGGACCACCACACGCCCCCGAGCCCGGCGCUGCUGCUGCACGGCUCCGCGGGCGGCGGCGGCGGCGGCGGCGGCCAGCUGCAGGCCCCCUUGCACGGCCUGGCUCCUCCGCCCGGCCCCAGCGCCAUCCCGGUCCCCGGAGGCGGCGGCGACUCUGUGCACCACCACCACCACCACCACCUCCACCACCACCACCCCAUGCACCACGACACCAUACUGAACCCUAUGUCGUCCAACUUAGUGGACCUGGGCUCGUAGAAGAAGAAGUUUGUGGAGGACGUUUUUCGCUUGUUUCCCCCUUCUUUUUGUAAUAGAGAGAGUGCAGAAAUGUGCCAGUGGGGAUUUUUUUAUUUUUUAUUUUUAAAGAAAGCACUUAAAAAGGACAACAUUUCCCCUUCAAUUGGCAACAAAGGUGAGGUGGGUCCAUUACAGUGGAAAGACAAACGAAAAAAAGUAUUUUUAGCAAAAUGUAACAUGUCAGAUUGUUGAAAACAAUAAUAAUAAAAAUGUCUUAAUUAUUGCUAAUUGUUUUUCUAGGUGGAUUUGAUUGUUUUUCUUUGUUUACAGGGUUUUCUAAGAGAGCCCAACUAGUUUUGUUUUUGUUUUAUU